UCAGGAAACUUUAAGAAGAUAUCAAAAGAUGCUGAAAAGAACAUUCUGAUCCAAAAGGAAGGUGGAGCCAGAAGGAGGCACAUACUUUAUCCACAGUACGACCAGUAAUCCCCUCAGGCAGUGCUUCUUCCAGGAGGAAGGUGUGGGGGUAAUCUGUCCUGCAAUUAAGCUGCUGCAGCGCUUAAGGAAGAGCAAUGCCACCAGAGAAAUUCCAAGGGAGUUCCAGCCCUCACCUGCCUGAGCUCACUUCCUUCAUGUGACAUAUAUAUAUAUAGAUACAAACAAUUGGAAGCCUUUCAACUUGAAACAGGCUUCUAGGAGACCAGAAGCAGCAGCCCUUCCUGAGCUCAGCUCCUGUGGUCUCCAGAAUUCAAGCAUAAGAUGAAAGCCUCUAGUCUUGCCUUCAGCCUUCUCUCUGCUGCGUUUUAUCUCCUAUGGACUCCUUCCACUGGACUGAAGACACUCAAUUUGGGAAGCUGUGUGAUCGCCACAAACCUUCAGGAAAUACGAAAUGGAUUUUCUGAGAUACGGGGCAGUGUGCAAGCCAAAGAUGGAAACAUUGACAUCAGAAUCUUAAGGAGGACUGAGUCUUUGCAAGACACAAAGCCUGCGGAUCAGUGCUGUCUUCUACGCCAUUUGCUACGACUCUAUCUGGACAGAGUAUUUAAAAACUACCAGACCCCUGACCAUUAUACUCUCCGGAAGAUCAGCAGCCUCGCCAAUUCCUUUCUUACCAUCAAGAAGGACCUCCGGCUCUGUCAUGCCCACAUGACAUGCCAUUGUGGGGAGGAAGCAAUGAAGAAAUACGGCCAGAUUCUGAGUCACUUUGAAGAGCUGGAGCCUCAGGCAGCAGUUGUGAAGGCUUUGGGGGAACUAGACAUUCUUCUGCAAUGGAUGGAGGAGACAGAAUAGGAGGAAAGUGAUGCUGCUGCUAAGAGUAUUCGAGGUCAAGAGCUCCAGUCCUCAAUACCUGCAGAGGCAUGACCCCAAACCACCAUCUCUUUACUGUAUUAGUCUAGUACUGGUCACAGUGUAUCUUAUUUGUGUAUUGUCUCCUUUUGUGAUUAUCUUUAUGCAUCCCCCAUCUUAAUUGAGACUGUACUUGUAUAAGAUUUUUGUAAUAUCUUUCUACUAUUGGAUAUAUUUAUUAGUUAAUAUAUUUAUUUAUUUUUUGCUAUUUAAUGUAUUUAUUUUUGUACUUGGGCAUGAGACUUUAAAAAAAUUCACAGAUUAUAUUUAUAACCUGACUAGAGCAGGUGAUGUAUUUUUAUACAGUAAAACAAAAACUUGUAAAUUCUAGAAGAGUGGCUAGGAGGGUUAUUCAUUUGUAUUCAGUUAAGGACAUAUUUACUUAUUGCUGAUGCUGUGUGAGAUAUUUGAAAUUGAACCAAUGACUUCUCAGGAUGGGUCGUGGAAUAAGUUUUGAUGUGGAAUUGCACAUCUACCUUACAUUUACUGACCAUCCCCAGUAGACUCCCCAGUCCCAUAAUUGUGUAUCUUCCAGCCAGGAAUCCUGCAUGGCCAGCAUGUAUUUCUACUAAUAAAGUUUUCUUUGCAUAACA